AUGAAAGUCACUGCCGUCAUCAUCCUCUGCUCUUCCAUCCUCACCGGCGCUCUUGCCGAGCCCGUGCCACUUCAACUUGCUAAGAAGCUGCCGGACCUCACCCCUUCAGGACUCGAAAGUUCACCCAAGUUAGCGCAGCGAGACGUCUCCUGCCCGUCCAACUAUCCCUGGCUCUGCGAUGGCUACUGCUGCCAAUACGAUAUUUGCUGUUCCAGACAAUGCUGUGCCCCUGGAACUGACUACUGCAGUAACGGCUACUGCUAUAGCAGUCGCUAA